CAAUACAGAGAGCGUCGACUGUACAUCGAUGUGUACCCGUGUAUAAUUUAGUUAUAUGUAUGGAUCCGGAACAUUCAGAGUACAGAAUAUUUUCUUUUAAAUUAAUUAAAAAAUGAUGGCUGAAGAUGAAAUGAUCCAUUACGGUUAUCGAAUAAGAUCGAGUUAUAACAGCGUGAAUUACAUACAAUGCAUUGCUAAAAAUCGAGAACAAUGUCCAGCUCAUGGUGAAAUAAGAAACGAAAGAAUAAUAUGGAGAAAAAAUCAUAAUCAUAAUCCCAAUGUGAUGGAUGACAUUAUUAGGCAAAUGAAGAAGGAGCUUCAUGAAGCAACAGAGUUAUCUCUUCAAGAUUUAAGGAGUAUUUAUAAUCAGAUAGUAUUGUCACAUCCUGAUGCUGCAGCUUUUGUAACUUUUCGGAGCAUAGAAAGAUCUAUGAUGAGGUGGCGACAAGCUGUGCGUCCACCAAUUCCAAUCUCACUUGAAAAUUACGCAGAGAUUUUGAACGAUCCGAAAUGGAAUCAUUUAACUGAAUACCCUACCGGCCGAUUAAAUGUUUCUACAGUUAUUGGAAGAGAUUCUUCUGUUGCUACUGUUAUUGGGGAUCCACAGUUCUUACAAACUAUAGUUGCGGAAGAAUUCUAUAUUGACGCAACAUAUAAAGUAUGUCCCAGAAAGCCUAAAUUUUAUCAGCUUUUUACCAUUAUGGCCAAAGUAAAUAAUGUAGCAAUUCCUAUCACUUGGGCAUUAAUGAAUAACAAGAGCACCUUAGCCUAUGUUACGUCUUAGCGUAAUUUUUAAAUUAUUUAUUUUAAUCCAGAUCAUUUAAGAUCUAUAGAUUGGGAUCGGGAGUAUUUUAGCUGGUUUUAAUUUUAGAAGUAAUAAGACUUGGGUUGCAGUUAAUACAUAUAUU